GCUCUUCGUAUAACAUUCAAAAUAAACUAGGAAAUAAGUCAGUGAUCUUUGGAAAUGUACCAACAAAGUUGUUGGCAAUUGAAAUCUACAAGUGGAUCAAGGAUGCGGUGAAGGCUCAAUUGACAAACAUUAAACCUGUCCAGAUGAAAGAGUUAGAAGAGGAGUGGGCUAAACUGGACCCAGCGUCACCCAAACCAACUAGAUUUACGCGAUCACAACAAGGAAAGCAAGCACAGGCACCACCGCCCAGUGAAGCAGUUGGGAGCACUAGUGGAGAAAUUGUCGAAGAAGAAUCACACGCUGUUGACGUUGAUCCUUACGACCUACUUGAUGCCGUUGAUAUUUUGUCUAAAAUUCCUAAAGACUUUUAUGAGAACAUGGCAGCAACAAAAUGGUCAACAAGAAAAGAGGCAUUGGAGCAACUGGACAAGCUGACAUCCAAUCCAAAGAUUGAAGGUGGACAAUAUGGGGAGCUAAUGGCCGUAUUAAAGAAGGCAAUUACAAAAGAUAGCAACGUGAUGGUUGUUGCUCUGGCUGGAAAGUGUGUGGCUGGACUGGCAACCGGUCUUCGUUCGAAAUUUGCUCCGUAUGCAACAUCGGUUGUUUCAGCUAUUUUGGAAAAGUUUAAAGAAAAGAAAGUAAAUGUUGUCACAUCCUUAAGAGAAGCGAUCGAUGCGGUGUAUACAACGACAAAUAUAGCGGCCAUCCAGGAAGACGUGACCACGGCCAUUUCAAGCAAAAAUCCCUCCAGCAUGGAUGAUACGUCUGCCCCAGUGCGUGAUGCGGCUGCAGAGGCAUUGGGUACAUUAUUGAAACUGCUAGGCGAGAGAGCUAUGGGCCCUUUUGUUGACCAACUUGACAAGAUUAAACUUGAUAAGGUAAAAGAAUUUGCAGAGAAAGCGGAGGUUAGCACCGCGCCCAGUCGCGGAGGCGGUGCUGCUCCAGCUCCAGCUGCUGCUAAAGCGCAGCCUGUGAAAAAAACAGAAACUAAGUCUGCAGCUCCAAGCGGUCCAACCUCAAAAUCUACAACAUCUGAACCGAGUAAGAAACCCAGUACCGCUGGAGCUAAAGCUAAACCACCAAGCUCGUCUACCGACACAGCAAAGAAUAAGCCUGCUGGUAAAAAAGGAUCUGGUGGUAAGAAAGCUGCUAAAACUGAUUCAGCGACAUCUUUCAAAGAUGAUGAAGUGAUGAAAGAAGCAGAGAUGACGCCGGAGGAAGUAGACGCCAAAGCUGAAGAACUCAUCCCGGCCAAUAUCCGUGAACAAUUCGCCAGCACGAACUGGAGAGAGCGGUUGGCUGGGACAGAAGCCUUAACACAAUUUGUAAACGAUUUGGAUCCAAAAACUCUACCGUCCCAAGUUUUGAUCAGAACCAUGGCAAAGAAGCCUGGCUGGAAAGAAAGCAACUUUCAGGUUUUGAAGAACAAGUUCAAUCUGUGCGCUGUCAUUGCAACACUUUCAGCUUCGUUUUCCAAGAGAAGCGCAUUUUAUGCCAUAUCUGGCCUCGUGGAGAAGAUCGGUGAUAUCAAGUUGAAAGAGCAAUGUAAGGAGACAUUAAUGGUUUUCGCCGAGAAUCUUUCACUGAACUAUGUUAGCUUAAAGGUAUCGGGCUGUGCCAGUGGACAGAAAAAUCCAAAGGUUCUGUCAGAGAGUCUGAACUGGUUGUCAGAUGCAAUUAAGGCGUUCGGUAUGAAGUUUGACAUUAAGCCACACGUCAACUACAUAAAGCAAAGUCUGGCCCACACAAAUCCGGUCAAAGACGAGAAACCCCCAGCACCAACAAGAGGUGUGAUUUCCAAAAUUGCUGGUGCUGGUCAGGGGGAAUCAACAACAGCAGAUGAUGCCGAAGACGAUGGAGCUUCAUCUGUGACAAACCUGGCUGAUCUCAUUCCAAGAACAGAUAUAAG